GGUCUACAAUGUGUCUAAAUCUACCUAUAUUGGGCAUUUUGAAAUGUCAGGAGACUAAUCAAAAUUUUAGCUCUCAAUGCUUAUAGUCAAAAUGGUUUGACUUAGAAAUGUUUGACUGCUAUAGUCAGAAUGGUGAUGCUUGCAAUGGAAGAGGUCUUGCUUAGUUUUGACCAUCAAAAUUUUAGAAGGAAUUUACUCAUUUAGAUGUAUAUGCCAUAUAUAUAUUAACAUUCUACUGUAAUUUUAUUUUACUAUUGUUAAGUUCUGGGUCUGUACUCUGGUCCAGGCUCUCUGUGCAGAGUUGACACAAAAAGCUGCUGAUUUAGCACAGGAGAAUGAACGUUUGAAAAGGGAAAGGGAGUUGGCCUUGAAUGAGUAUCAGUCUUUGGAGAGCACAAAUAAAUAUCUAAAGGCAGAGGUAAAAUCACUCCGAUGAGCAGUCGAUCUCUAAAGUCUUUUUGUCCAUUUGACAUGCUGUUCGUAUCCGCAGAUGGCUAAGGCAAUAAAAGCUGACAAGGGACAAGUUCCUGGGGAAGUCAAGUCAUUGCACUGUAAGAUAUCUGGUCCACCGUCUACAGACCGUCCAUUCUUCUUCUACAACCAACAUCCUUUUCCCCCUUUUUGCUGGCCUUCCAUGAUUCAGUCUUUUCACCAACUCCAAGCCCAGCAUGGGCCCCAAACUGCCAUUGUUGUUCCACCAAAUAUUCCCAUGCCAGCUUCUAGCAAACUCAAUUCAUCUCAAGAUCCAGGAAAUUACAUAAAUAUCAAUGGCACCAAAAGUCCCUUUUACUUAGUCCCAUGCCCCUGGUUCAUUCCUCAUCCUGAUCAUGGGAAUGGAUUCCAUCCUCAGCCAUCCUGCCAUCUGAAUGACAUACAAGAUGAAACUUCUGUAAGUAAUCGAUUUAGUGCAAGUUCUACAAAAACUUCAUAUGGGGAGAAUCAUAAUACUUCUAUUGAUAUAAAAGUUGAAAAGGAAGCUUGUGGCUCAAUAGAAGAAGCCAGACCUACUGAUCUAAAUGUGACUCCAGCCAAGUUUCCUCUUGAUGGAGGUAGUCACUGUACAGUAGUCCACCAUACAGAAAAUAUCAUAGUUCCUACUACUCUAAGUUCUACAGGAGCAACAUUUGUUGUUAAACAAGAAAGUCUGCCAGAUUAUAUUUCUAAUGUUGACGCUUCUUCCAUAAGAGCAAGUCACUCUUUGAAUCCUUCAGCAGCGAAUAAUCAAGAACCGGUCAAUUAUGGAAGUAAAAAAGUGCUGGAAGCAGUAGCUGCAGCUGAGGCAAGAAAGAGGAGGAGAGAACUUACUAAGCUUAAGAACCUUCAUGGUAAACAGUGCCGGAUGCAGUGUUGAGCUUACGUAUUCUAACGCACAGAAGGCCUUAUAGGAACUGAUCGUUGGGUGCUCUCCUCAGAUCAAGGUUUGACACUUUGCUUGUGGUCUCUCUUUUUUUUCUUUUUUUUUUUCGGUUGGGAACAAUGAGAGGGAAGGUAUUUCUUCAUUGAAAGGGCAGGAAACUAUGAGAUCCUGUUUAUUCUUUGAUUGAGCCUAAAUACUUCAAGGCUUAAGGAAUGAGAAUAAACAGCCCCUCUCCCGUACAUUUUUUAGCGGGAAGGUAUCUCCUUCUAGGAUGCUGCCCCUGGGAUAUGCUUUUAACUUUGAACAGGGCAAUCGAAGAGUUGGCAUUGCUUGCUAAUGUCACUAACGUUCUGUAAGUUAAUACUGCAAGUUUUUACAAUCUUGCAGAAUUGACAUACCUGAUCUAGUAUAAGGAGUUAAACUUCUUUUUGUUUUAUGGUUUUGCCUCGUCUUUUAUUAGUUUGUAACUUGUGUUAUAGAUGUGAAGAGGUCGGUGUUCCUUUCAUGGUUCUUUGUACAAUGUCUUGAAAAGGUCUGUCAGACUAUUGUACCACGUCAGGAGACAGGAGUAUAAACGAUAAAUGACAAUUGAACAUGUCAUUAAAAGUGGGGUUAUAUAGCGAUUCAUUUGGGUCUAGGUGAAUGAGAAAGGAAUAUAUUUUUGCUAAUGUG